UGAGCCGUUCUGACCCGCAACUGGUUGACAUAUAGCGGGAAAUAUUGCGACGACGUAAAUGCGCAAAUAAUGAGUGCUACAAAGUUAGUACAGUGUCCAGUAUGUAACAAACAUUACAGAUCAGACAUAAUCAACGCACACGUUAAUAACUGCUUAGGCGCAGAUAACGAUGCCAGUGAGCCUGUCUCGAAAAAACGAAAAUCAAAUGAUGGGAGUGAUGUUAUUGAGCUAGGCUCUGAAACGGGGACAUCAAAUGUCAAGGGAUGGGGUUUCUUAAUGGGUUCUUCAAACACACAAUCAGUAAAUACCUCAAAAGAGGUAAAAUCUAUUGGCGAUAACUGGAAGAACACAAAGUUGUUGCAGGAGGAAACAAUUUGUAUUGAUACCGCAGAUGGGAAUGACCGGACAGAAAUGAAGGUUAACGGGCCAUCCCAAUCGGACAAAAGUGAAAAUGUUUCCAACAUCAGAGCUGAUCUUGACACACAACUGGACAUGGGUGUGCCACUUGCAGAACAGAUGAGACCCACUGCUUUUGAAGAUUACGUAGGACAGGACAAUGCAGUUGGCAAAGAGAAGAUGCUUGCAACUUUGUUGAAAAGUGACAUUAUUCCUUCAAUGAUAUUGUGGGGACCUCCUGGCUGUGGAAAGACUACCCUUGCCAAGAUCAUUGCACACAAGUGUAAAACCAAGGCAAAGUUUGUUAAGUUGUCAGCUACGUCCUCUGGGGUGAAUGAUGUGAAGGAAACAAUUAAAUUGGCCAAGAAUGAUCAUAAGAUGCUGAAGAAACGGACUAUCCUGUUCCUUGAUGAAAUUCAUCGCUUUAAUAAACUACAACAGGACUCUCUCCUGCCACAUGUGGAAGACGGCACUAUAACGCUCAUUGGGGCCACGACAGAAAACCCAUCAUUCCAAGUGAACAACGCUUUGCUGAGUAGGUGUAGAGUCAUAGUCCUGGACAAGCUUGAUACAGAGGCCUUAAUGAGGAUCCUGAUCAGAGCAACGGAGAGGCUUGGCUUGAAAGUGUUAACAGACGGAAAAACUGGCGGGCACAAGAAGUGGAUAGAAAAGCCUGCCCUAGAGUUUCUUGCUAACGUGUCUGAUGGCGAUGCAAGAGCUGCACUGAACGGUCUUCAAUCGGUGGUUCAAUCACAAAUUGCAGCCUCCAAAUCAUCUCAUGAAGCUGCUGUGAUGGUCGUUACAGUGAACCAUAUCAAAGAUGGGCUACAGAGAUCCCACAUUGCUUAUGACAAAACAGGUGAAGAACAUUACAAUGCGAUAUCAGCGUUGCACAAGUCCAUGCGAGGCUCUGACGACAGUGCUGCCCUCUAUUGGCUGGCGCGGAUGUUGGAAGGUGGAGAGGAACCUCUCUACAUCGCCAGAAGGCUGAUUGAGUUCGCUGGCGAAGAUGUUGGAUUAGCUGACACUCAAGCCCUCAUACUGGCUGUGAACACUUUCCAAGCUUGUCAUUUCAUUGGCAAACCGGAAUGUGAGAAGCCACUUGCAGUGUGCGUGGUGUACCUGUCCAGGGCCAGCAAGUCAGUGGAGGCCUACAAUGCUUACAGCAAGGCCAAGGCAUGCAUUCAUGAGCACAAGGGUCCACUGCCUGGAGUUCCCCUGCAUCUUCGAAAUGCUCCUACCAAACUUAUGAAGAACUUAGGUUAUGGCAAAGACUACAAGUACAAUCCUUCCUUCAAGGGCCCAGUGAAACAAGACUACUUCCCAGAGUGUCUUAAAGGGACAAACUUCUUUAAAUGAACCUAAACUGUACAAUAAAAGACGGUUUAUUUGUCAAGUA